AUGCCUGUCAACGACGCCAGUCACCGCCGAAUCUUUUCUCUCCCAGAAGAGCUCAUCCGCGCAACGAACACGCAGAGGCCACCCCAACAACCCAGACGCCGCUGCUAUUCAGAGACAGCCAACAUCGCCAACGGGGCUGAUUCCCGACAAAGACACAUGACGCCAGUGGAGAAUCGAUCAAGUUCUGUACCAAGUGCACCUGAGUACCGCUAUUCCAGCUCCACAAUGUACAGCAUCGGAACGCCCUCGCAGAUGGACUCCCUUGACCGUCCCAUCUCCGCCGCCUGUCCCCCGCAGCACCCCUACGCGUUAUAUCUACAAGGUGUUCCUGGGGCGGAGACGCAAUCCGAGAUACUUUCAUACUCACUGGGCACAAAUACUGGGCGAAAUAUCCAUAGUCUCGAGGGCUACUGGGAGCCGUUACCGGCUUAUUCUAGCGAAACACGGAUAUCGCACUUUACACCACUGGCUGGGUCAAUACGCAGUUCGCAAGCCGCCUUGCCCAGCCCUGGGUCCCCUGACGGCGAUGCACCCACGCCGGUGUUUCCUGGAGAGGCGCUGGAGGAGCAAGAGCAACAUUACAUAUUAAAGACAAGAUUAUGUGGCUUGCCUGUUUGGGCAGCAGGUCUGAUACUCGUGCUAUCUAUCAUAGCUAUCGUCCUGUCUGCAGCUCUCGCGGCGGCCAACUCUGCAAGGCACGUACAGCAGCAACAGCAGCCACAGCAGACCACUACCGUGUAUACGAGUCACGGUACAGCGGAGUAUCAGCCUCCCACUCUUACCCUGCCUCCGCCAGUCCCAUCGGUUGAUUAA